AUGAAGUUCACCCCCAUCAUCCUGUCGGCCGCUCUUGUCAGCGCUGGCGUGAUCCCCAGCGAAGUCCGUGUCGACGAGAGCAGGCUUGCCCCGCGCUCCGUCACCGGGGACAAGUGUCUUACCCUUGAAUGCGCCAAGAAGGAAUACGUGCCCAUCUGGCGCGGCAAGAUCUGCGAGAAGCCCGGCUGUGAGAAGCCCAAGUGCAAGGAGCCCGAGUGCAAGCCCAAGACAGACGGAUAUGAGGAGUACUACUGGAUCGAGCAUAUCGACAGGAAGCACCGUCACAAGGACAACGGCUACAAGGAUUACUACUACAAGGACCAACACGACUAUCCGCGCAACCAUACCAGGCCUCGUGUGAAUGUGAACAAGGUCAUCACCAAGCGUGACGUCGCUGCGGCCGACGAAGGAGAUGACGAGGUCCUCACCAAGCGCGGCGAGUCGGCUGUCGGCAGACCCUACUUCAAGCCCUACUACGAGGAUGACCCGGACUACGAGUCGCACUUUGAGCCCAAGCCUGCGCCUGUGCCCGCGCACCCUCACCAUCACCAUGGGCCCCCUCCCCCUUGGCGCCAUCAUCACGAAGGACCUCCUCCCCCUUGGCACCGUGGUCAUCACCACGGACAUCACCACGGGCAUCAUCACCAUGAUCAUCCCCGCCAUGGCUGCCACCCUCAUGAUCACCACCAUCACGGUCCUCCUUGCCACCGCCGCGGUCCGGCCCCUGCUCCCACGCCCGCCCCCACGCCAGGCAAGAAGCACGACGACCGCGACGACGUGCAGUGGUACCGCGAAGAGAUCACCCACGACCACGAAGAAGACCGCCAUCAGGGCAAGAACAGCGACAAGUGCAUCCACUGCAAGCCCGUCAUCAAGGCCGUCAACACGACCGACACCAGGGCCGCCGCCAACUCGGCCUUCAACAACCGCAACGGUGGCGCCCGCACGCUUAACAACAAGUCGGGCAACAUUAUCAAGGCCGGCAGCAAGAAGACCGUCGAGGUGGUUCCCACCUUUGUCGAGGAGGAUGUGGCCGAGGAGGACAACGACGACGAGGAGAACGCGGAGUAG